CACACCACCGCCUUUCUCUCUCUCUCUCUCUCUUCUCCACCAAGAACAAGAGAAGCACCAAAUUUAGCCAAAUUUCUCUAAAUUUAGACUCUCACUCUUUGCAUUGUCUGAACAAAGCUAUGGAGGACAAUUUCCGGCCACGGUCGCCGCCAGAUCUCGCCGCGGCGGAUCGGUGCAGGAACGAGUUGACUCGGACUUACUCUUACUCGGACUCGUCCUCUGUCACUGUUGAUAAUUCGAAAGCUAGACCGUACACGCCCUGGACGGAUGAGAAGCACAAUUCAUAUCUUAAUGGUUUGGAAGUAUCAUUUGUUAAGCAGUUGCACCAUUCCUUUGGUUUGCUGUCUUGGUGCUCAAAACUGAACACGUCUGAUCGAAGUCCAUCCCAGCAACUACCUGUCAAUGCUAGUUAUUCUUCUGACCAGUUCACAGUUUUACGAGAAGGUUCUAGACAGAAGAUCAAUUUUGAGAGGGAACAGGCUUUACCACAUAGUGCAGCUGGUACUCAUGUUGUUGUAGAAAGUCCUUGGAUACGUCAUUUUACAUGUUCAGACAAACACAGUACCAAAAAAUCAGUUGAUUUGCAAGAAUGCAGCAUGUUCCACAGGGAUGAGAUACCGUUGAGAGGGAAGAGGAUUUUCUCCCAUGGAUUAACAAGUUUAGGACAGCGGUGUUUAUGCCACAAAUGCCAUCAGCAUGCAAUUGGUACUAUUGCAGUCAUUGGGGUUCCUGCUGCAGAGGUUUCGGAUCAGAACUUUGUGGAUGAAGAUCGGGAGGAGAAGUCAAGCAGUUUGUCCAAGGCAAAAAAGUUAAAGAAGUCCACAACAACAAAUGACCAAAUAGUGCCCUCCGGAGACCCUUUUACUGCGAAAACUUCGACUUCCAGAAAUGCUUUACCGGAAAGAGGAGAGCAAGUGCAUCAUGAAUGUCUGCCAGAAAACGUCGAGAGCUUGGUUUGCCCAGAAAAUGAUGUGAAAUCUUUUUUAAGACAGAAAAGAUGUGACUUGAAGUUUGAAAGGUUAUUGUAAGCGCAGAAGCAUCGAUUCAUGAAGAAGUUGAAAAGAAACAGUCAAGAGUCAAUUCCGAUUAGGAGAAAUUAGUGGAAAUGCUGGCACAAAAUUAUUUGAUUGAAUACUAGUAAGAAAGAUCGUUUGGUUGUUUGUUUCUAUUAGUCAGAGAAUUUAUUGGUGAGGGUAUGAAGUUUAUGAUAUUUAGAGAGCUGGUUAGCAAUAUUGAAAAUAUUUAUCCUCUCUCCAUCUCAUUCUCUCUUUCCCCCUCUCUAGUUUGGGAUAUUUUAUUCUAAUUUCUAAUGUGGUCCUCAAAUUUUGUAAUAUAUAUAUUUUUUUAACUUAA